UGAUGCAGCUGUUGCUAUGGGGGAUGUCCCUAUGGUUACUGUUGUUUACCCAUAAUGCAUCACGGGCAGGUUAACAGUGCUGAGACAUGCUAAAUCCUGAGAAUUUAGCCUUUACACCACAAGAUGGAUAAGGAACAGCAGAAUAUUGUCGUUUUGAAUUCGUCCAAAAGAGAGCUGUUUACUGCCAAUACCGGCUACAAGAGUCUACAGAAGAGACUGAGGACGCAAUGGAAGAUUCAGGGGUGCCACAUCAAGGAGGAGAUUACGGAAGAGAAACUGCAUGGUGUGAAGCUGUGGAUCACCGGAGGGCCUCGAGAGAAGUUCACUGAAGCAGAGCUGCAAGUCCUGAAGCAGUAUCUUGUCAGAGGCGGGAACAUUCUCGCCAUGCUCGGAGAAGGAGGAGAAGUGAAAUAUGACACUAAUAUCAAUUUUCUCUUGGAGGAGUUCGGCAUCAUGGUGAACAGCGAUGCCGUAGUGAGAAACGUUUACUACAAAUACUUCCAUCCCAAAGAAGCACUUGUGUCUAACGGGGUUCUCAACAGGGAGAUCAGCCGCGCGGCCGGGAAAGCAGUAACGGGAAUCAUUGAUGAUGAAAAUCCGGGUAACAAUACACAGGCCCUCGCGUUCGUGUACCCGUAUGGAGCUACACUGAGUGUUAUGAAGCCCGCAGUGGCAGUUCUGUCCACCGGUUCUGUGUGCUUCCCUCUCAACAGACCCGUUCUGGCCUUCUCCAAGGUCGAGAAGAAUGCAGGCAAGCUGGCAGUGCUGGGUUCCUGCCACAUGUUCAGCGAUCAAUACCUGGACAAGGAGGAGAACAGUAAAAUAAUGGAUGUUGUGUUCCAGUGGCUGACGACCGACAACAUUCACCUGAAUCAAAUAGAUGCUGAAGAUCCCGAGAUCACAGAUUACACCAUGUUACCAGACACAGGAUACCUCUCUGAGAGACUCAGAGUGUGUCUACAGGAAGGCGAUGAGAAUCCACGCGACUUCACCUCCCUUUUCGACAUGUCUCUCUUUAAGCUGUCCACGAACUCUCUCCCGAGCGUUAUCAGGGCCUACAAGCAGCUGAACGUCAAACAUGAGCCGCUGCAGUUGAUUACGCCUCAGUUUGAAACGCCGCUGCCGCCUCUGCAGCCUGCCGUUUUCCAGCCGGCCUUUAGGGACCUGCCCCCACCGACGCUCGACCUUUUUGACCUGGACGAGACCUUUUCUUCGGAGAAAGUCCGAGUCGCUCAGCUGUCGAACAAAUGCACCGACGAUGACCUGGAAUUUUACGUACGGAAAUGCGGAGACAUCUUAGGGGUGACGGGAAAGCUGGAUAAAGAAAAGCGAGACGCCAAGCACAUCCUCGAACACAUCUUCUUUCAGGUGGUGGAGUUUAAAAAGCUGAAUCAGGAGCAUGACAUCGACACAGCACAGACGAGGUUUUCUCCAUGCUGAAACAGGACAUCAGGGGAUGACAGGGCUGAGGGUUGAGCAGCAUCGUGUGCUUAAAUGUCUCGGGGUGAAGCAGGCCGAUCGAUUAACGAAAUAUUUCAACACUAAUUAGCAACAUUCAGAAGUACCAGAUGUUAGUUUUGGAAACGGUUUCUACUUUCUUUUUCGUUUUGUAAAAAUAACAAAUUUUAUAUAUAUCAUUGUUGUGAUUUUUUUUUUCUUUCAAACUACUACUGGUGUUGUAUUUAAUCAUUUUUCGUUGUUUUGUGCACACGUGUUCAAUAACGAGAUGCUCACAGGAGAAGGAAAACUCCCCCCCCCAAAAAAAAAGGGAGCUGGGAAAUGCGUAGACAACCUUGCACAAGCAAUGUGACAUUAAUAUCGGUCACAUAUGUAAUUCUGGUAUCAUAUUAUCACAGCUAACAUAAGUGCUUCUAUGACAAUAAUUCCCGUCACAAGUAAAUACACGACCAGUCAAAAGUUUAGACACACUUCCCCCCCCCCCCCCUCACAUUUUAGAAUAAUAAUAGUCAUCAAAACUCUGGAGUAACACAAAGGGAACUAUGGGUGUUAUGUUGUGAUAACAACAAUCAAAAAUAAAUCAAAAUAAUUUAAUAUUUCAGCAUCUUCAAGUAGACACGCGUUUCACCUAGAAUUUCCAGAAAUGUAUUCUGGGCACAAUUAUAUUUUUGUCUACAACCUCGAUUUCAAACAUUUAAAUCAUACACCUUCAGAUCAAAAGGUUUUUAAGAUCGAGAAACAUUUCAGUCGAGUGUCCACAAACUUUUGACUGGUAGUGUACUUGGUGAAAAUAAUCAUUUUCACUUCCUUUUCCUUGUUAACUUAUACAAGUAACAUGUCAGGAUGUGUAGGAAGGCAGUUUUCUGUUUAUUAAAGAAUGUUAUAUGUCUGGUCCAUUUAUAGUUAAUGAAGGUUAGUGAUCACUCACAUCAUAGCAGCUAUAAUCACCGUUCCCUGAUCAGCCUCACUUUUUGCCCCUCUCUUUCCGGACACUAAUAGGCCAUACAUACAUACAUACAUACAUACAUACAUACAUGAACAGAAUUUCCUCAAACUCAUCUUUGAUAAAUGUUAAACAUGUUUAAGAAAGCAUCAUCAGAGAAACAUCUAUAUAUGUGAAACAGUUUCUAUACAAACAGUAUACAUUAAGAACAAGUGUGUUGAUGUAAAUCUUGCAGCAGGCACUAAUGCCAGAGCCACUGUUAUAGAAAAUGAAUCAAACACCCUCUGACCAAUCAGAUGAGAAUUCAACAGUGUCAAUUAGAUUAAGUUCACUAAACACAGAUUUCUAUAAUAGGACACUACUCUUUUGCUGGUCCUACAAAUGUGACUUGUGAAAUGUCCAGGUUUGCACCCAUCCUUGCAGAACUUUGAGCAGCCUGUCUACAUUUUAUCUGUAAACUUGCUGUAUUUAAGCGUUUAUAAAAUGUUAUUUUGAAUAAAGUGUUUUCUACAGUU